GAACGCCAGGGCUGAGGGAGGAAUGUGCAUUUUACUGCAGCAUCGUUGUGCGGCGCUGCUGAGCCGUCGAGUGUUCACCUCACACCUUCACAUUCCCGGGAUAUAAAGCCUGCUGAUACUCCCACCGCCUCCUCUCUCCCACUGCCUGGCGCCACCUCCAAAACAACAACAACACCAACCCAUGAACGGGCAGGUGAGAGACAGGCAGAACUGAGGGAAAGACGCUCUGACUCCAGCCUUUCAACCCAUCAGCGCCCCUGCCCUCUCAUCAUGAAUGGACAGCACUGCUGGGGCUACGGGGAUGAUAACGGCCCCUCAAACUGGCACAAGCAGUUCCCGUUCGCACAGGGGGACCGGCAGUCUCCCAUUGACAUUGUGCCCGCUCAGGCUGUUUAUGAUGCCAGCCUUACACCCAUCUCCAUAUCCUACAGUGCCUGUACCUCGCUGUCCAUCUAUAACAAUGGUCACUCCGUCAUGGUGGAGUUUGAGGACUGUGAUGAUAAGACAGUGGUAAGUGAUGGCCCACUGGAAAACCCCUACAAACUGAAACAGUUCCAUUUUCACUGGGGACGGAGAGGCAGUCAGGGAUCGGAACACACCGUCGAUGGCAAGUCAUACCCUGGCGAGCUUCACUUGGUUCACUGGAACUCGACAAAGUACAAAACCUUUGGAGAGGCGGCAGGGUCACAUGACGGACUGGCUGUGGUCGGUGUGUUCCUGGAGAUUGGAGAUAAACAUGCCGAUAUGCACAAAUUGACAGAUGCCUUGUACAUGGUUAAAUUCAAGGAAACAAAGGCUCCGUUUAAGGACUUUGACCCACAGUGCCUGUUGCCGAAAUGCAAGGAUUACUGGACAUACGCCGGCUCUCUGACCACACCACCCCUGAAUGAGAGUGUGACCUGGAUCGUCUUCAGGGAGCCCAUCAGCCUGUCCGAGAAGCAACUGGAUAAGUUCCGAAUGCUCAUGUUCUCAGGAGAGGAAGACUCUGAGAAGCAGCCAAUGGUGGAUAACUUCCGGCCUCCUCAACCCCUCAAAGGGCGAACAGUCCUUGCCUCCUUCAAAUGGAAACCUUAACGUCCUCCUUCACUGGCUCCAAAUCAAAAUGGAAGCCGUUGGAACGACAAAGGCAAGCAAGGGCCCAAGGGAAAACUGGCCAGAUGACUUGUCACUUCUAUCGCAUCAGCACCCAAACCAAUCCCUGCUCAGGUAUAAAAUAUAGUAUAUCUCUUUUGGCUGUUGCAUCAGAUUUGAGCCUCCUCCAUUCCCCAUCUCCCCCUCUGCCCCCUGUAGAUAGUGUGUAUUUGUUCACGCUGUUCAGUGGACAGGGAGCUCCCAAAUAUCUGUCAUGCUCUCUGGAUUCUCUGAGGAAUUUUUACUUGGAGCUAUUUUGAAAUCAACAUUGAAACUGGGGAUUGGUCUAAAGUCUACACCUCACACAUGCACCCACAUACCGACCAACACGAUGAUUAUCUUUGAAUUGAAUGAAUGUUAGUCCCUUUUCCCUUUCUGAAAAUGUGUUGCUGGAA